GACGAGCGGUGCGCAGCAACGUCCCAGAGGUCCCUCUGGCCCAAUUGUCCCACCAUGCCCGCCCCAAAAGCCCCCCCGCUCACCCCGGGAAGGGCCGACGCUCGGGAACAACAACAACGCGACUUUGCAGUCGGGCGGCUGUACCUCGUCGCGCGAGCGGACGGCAAGCUGCGCCCGGCGAUCGUGCUCAAUUCGCGCCCGUCCAAGCUCGCCGGCGCGCAGGACGCGUACAUCUCCUUUGUGGGGGAAGACAAGCGCCUCGACUCGUGGGUGCCGGCCUCGGCGCUCGGCGAGGAGGUUGCGGCGCCCGGGCCGAGCAGGCUACCAUCUAAUGGUGACGCACCCCACGGCGCGUCGGCGCCCGCGAACGGACGCGAUUUGCGAGAGGACAUCUCCGAGGCGUCCACCCCGGAGCGCGAGCAUGCGGCCGUGACGCGAGUGCGCAACUUUGAAGACGUGAGGUUUGGCGAGUACCUCAUCAAGACCUGGUACUACUCGCCGUACCCGCUUCCAUUGGCCGAGACAGGCGGCGUCGCCUCGGCGUCGUUGUUGACCGCCGAUGGCCCGAAGCGUGGGAGGAAGCGCAAGGAUCCGCCAGGCCCCACGCCGGGAGCAUCAAAGCUCCGACCUUCGGCGCCGAGCACGAGCGACUUGCUCGCGGCAGGCGUCGGCAAGGGCGGGGAAGGCGCGCGAGGGCGGCUGUGGGCGUGCGAUCUGUGUUUCAAGUACAUGCGCACGCGGGCAGGAUGGGAGAUGCACACUACGUCGUGCACGCAGCUCCAGCCGCCAGGACGGAAGGUGUACCAGCGAGGAAGCUACACCAUUUGGGAAGUGGACGGCGCGCACGCUACACUGUACUGCCAGAACCUCAGCUUGUUUGGCAAGCUGUUUAUAGAUCAUAAAUCAGUCUUCUUUCACGUGGAGAACUUCCUCUUCUACGUGCUAUGUGACGCGGCGACGUCAAAACGCGACCAGGUCAUGGCUUUCUUCUCCAAGGAGAAGCUCUCAUACGACGACUAUAAUCUCGCCUGCAUUGUUACAUUCCCUCCUCAUCAAAACAGGGGCUUCGGCAAGCUUCUCAUGGAAUUCAGUUACUACCUCACCCGGCAUCCGUCAACACGACCUCCUUCACUAUCGCCAGGAACGCCAGAACGGCCACUGUCAGAUCUCGGGCUCAAGGGAUACAUGGCGUACUGGACGUCUGUCGUGCUCCGUGUAUGCCGCCAGCUGCUGUCUGAGCCAGCUCCACCCCCGCCGCCAACGCCAACGAAGCCAAAGUCCACGGAGGGCCGCUCGUUGCGGGAACGGAAACCGCCAGUCAAGGAGGAGGUGCACGAGACGGUGUUGGUAAAUGGAUACCACUUCACCAAGCGGCUCGACCCCGUACACAAGGGGCAGUACGCCGUCACGACAACCAUGUCGACCCUCGCUCGUGCGGCCCACCUCCGAACGGACGACGUUGCGCUCACACUCGAGGAGCUGGGGUUCUUGAAGAAGCGGCACCACAUUACGCGCAAGCAACCCAGGCGACGUGACGACGAUGAUGAGGAGCACCAUGACGACGACGAAGAAGAAGAGGCCCUCGGGGAGUGGAAGGACGUCGAGGUGGUCAUCACACGAGAGGCCGUCGACGAGCAGUGGGCCAAGUGGAGAGUACGGGACGCGGGGGUCCUGGACGAGAAGUACUCACUCCUGUAGCACGGCUAGCCAUGCCACCACAUGUAGCCUGUCA